CAGAUCAGAACAGGGCACAGGAUGCCGGUGUGUUUGCGGACCUCUGCAUGCUCCCUCUCACUUCUGAAGUUUUUCCGCAGUAACAGUCGUCCGGUUCUCGUCCGUUCUGCCGUAGCGGUCUGUUAUUCACACCGCGGUGUUGCGCCGUUCAGCUCCGUAAUAAAGUCUUUGAACACUCGAACCGGCACCGGCUUAACGUCCAGAUUGGCAUUCGGGUUUGACGUUCGUGUGUCUGGGAGAAGAAGCAUCAUGUCGUCCGCGGCGAUGUCCCAGAGAAUGGUGUGGGUGGACCUGGAGAUGACUGGUCUUGACAUUGAGAAGGACCAGAUCAUUGAAAUGGCCUGCAUCAUCACAGACUCUGACUUGAACAUUUUGGCCGAGGGGCCAAACUUGAUAAUAAAGCAGCCAGACGAGUUGCUGGACGGGAUGUCAGAGUGGUGUAAAGAGCAUCACGGCGAGUCAGGACUGACCAAAGCUGUACAGGACAGUAAAAUCACCCUGGAACAGGCAGAGUACGAGUUCCUGUCCUUCGUCAGACAACACACCCCACCAGGACAGUGUCCGCUGGCAGGUAACUCUGUGCAUGCAGACAAAAGGUUCCUGGACAAACACAUGCCACAGUUUAUGUACCACCUUCAUUACCGAAUCAUUGACGUCAGCACGAUCAAGGAGCUUUGCAGACGGUGGUUUCCAGAAGAAUACAAGAUGGCACCUCAUAAGAAAGCCAGCCACAGGGCCUUGGGCGACAUACGAGAGAGUAUCAAAGAACUGCAAUUCUAUAGGACCAACGUCUUCAAAGGUUCGACCGAGAGGAAGUGCAAGGUCUUAGAAAACGGACAUGACAGAAGUUAGCGGGCAUCGUUGGUGCUAUGCAGUCUGUAGAGUUGUGUGAAAAAUAGCAAAAACUAAUUGAUUUUAGUUUGUAUUCGUCUUCAUCUGCCCAUUGAUCCUUUGUUCCAGAGUGGUUUAAACUUAAACGUGGAGGUUUCAUCAAAGGGAGAAAGUUUAUUUAAAAAAAAAAAAAAAAGGUUUAAAAGGGUAAACAUUUGACCUUUGCUUGUUUGAAUAAUAGUUUGUUUUUUUUAUGAUCGAGACAUCUUUAGUCUGGGUCUGAUUUUGAUUUUCCCUUGUUUUAAAAUGAAGCCAAAUAAACUCAGCGGUUCCUGAGGAAAA